GGCAGCUCAAAUUUUUGGAUGCAGCUCAGGCUGGCUGCUAUAGUAACAGGAUUCAUGCUUCUUGUCCCUUACUUCUGAGGGAAACAGCUUCCCUAUAUUACUGGCUCCCUAUAUUACUGGCUCCCAUGGUGACCACCCUUUGGGUCUCCAUGAUCUUCCCACAUUUCUCUUAAUAGCUCCUUCACUAAUCUUUCUUCAGUGAUAGACAUUAAGACUGCCCUCUGUUUUCCUUCAGGAUCUCAGGGGAUACAGAAUGCACACGAAUAUGUGUAAGCCAUCCGCAUGCCCAAAGCAGUGGGAUCUGUGUAAAGAACUGAAUAUUAUGGAAACACUCAGUCCUCUCUGGGAAAGAGAAGUUGCCCACAACGAAACACUGGGGAAGAGGCGCAGGAGAGACUGAGCUGCAGGCUGAACAACAGAGCACAACUCAGGUGACCAUGUAUCCACACAACCAGCCCCAAGUCAACCUAAUUCCUGGGAACCAACCUGGCCUGCAGACACCUGCCAGUUCACCACCAGCCCAGAGAAUCUUCAAAGAGGGCAAAACCUUAGGGGCCCUCCAGAUCCUGAUUGGACUGAUACACUUCGGCCUUGGCAGCAUCAUGGGGACCAUCCUGCUUGGGCCCUAUAGAGCCCCCUCAUUCUACGGAGGCUAUCCCUUCUGGGGUGGUAUCUCAUUCAUCAUUUCAGGAUCCCUCUCAGUGGCAUCAGAGGAGCAGCCAAAUUCUCCUUGCGUGCUGAAGGGCGGAUUGGGCAUGAACAUCCUCAGUGCGAUCUUUUCUGUGAUGGGAAUCUGUCUCUUUAUCACAGAUAUCUGUAUCAACCCACAUCAUUUCUACUACACUUUGGAAAAGAUACAAUUCCAGCCCUCUGGAUUCGCUACUUCUGGCAUUCUGCUCAUCUUCAGCCUCCUGGAGCUCUGCAUUGCCUCCACGUGUGCCCACUUUGGCUGCCAACUGGUCUCCUACGACACUGUGGUCUACCAAACCUUCUACGUGUCAAACCAAGUGUCCAACCCAGAACCAGUGAACUUGCCACCAUCCUAUUCCAGUGAGGCGCGGCACUCCAAAUAGGCCAAAGGCUGUAGAAGCAUCUUUCACUGGGAUCAAAAGAAAAUCUCCCCUUUUUGUGCUUUUGAAACUUAGCUUUUUCCUUCCCUGGCAAACUAAGGAACAUGUCUGUCCAACUGUGUGCACCCUGAACUCCCUUUACUUGAGCCUGGUAAAUUGUCUGUGCCUCUAUGAAAAAGGAAAUGGAAAUGUCAAGUGGAUUUUAGCAAAGCAGUUCUCCCUGAGGCAGCCACACUGGGGAAGUUGUGUGCAUGUAUUCAUGUGCUUACCUGUGUGGGCUUAGGAGUUAGAGGAAUAAAUGUCUAAACAGCCCAAGCUUCAUUCUUUCAGUCAUUCACUCAUUGAAUAAAUAUGCACCAGGACUUGA